GGGGCAUCCCAGUACCAGCUUCUCCCUUUGGGUCACAUCCAGCGCCGAGCGGCUCGAAUCGUCGACGACCAGGACCUUUCCGAUCAGCUUGAUCCUUUGGCUUUGCGUAGGGAUGUAGCUUCGCUCUGCAUCUUCUAUCGCAUUUAUCACGGGGAGUGUUCUGAGGAAUUGUUCGGAUUAAUUCCAGCUGCUGCAUUUCGCCAUCGUAUAUCGCGACAAAAAUUUCAUCCCCAUCAUCUUGAUGCGUGGCUAUCCACAACCGUGCGUUUUUGUCGAAAUUUUUUACCACGUACGACAAAACUGUGGAAUAUGUUGUCGCCAGCAGUGUUUCCGGACCUAUACGACCCAAAAACGUUCAAAAAAAGAGCGUACUCCUUCCUUAAAGGCCGGCAUCGCAUUUGUGAUACUCCUGGUGUUGCAAGUGUCCAUGGGCGACGGUGAUCACUUACCAUCAGAGCUUUUGGACUCAAAAGUGAGCGGUAACUGGUUAGACGAGAUGCGCGCGAAGAUAUUUGAUUUGGUGGACGAUCACGGAUAUGUAGGAGCCGAUCCUUACAUCAAAAAGCUGGUUGAAGAAACCGAGAAGAAACAAAAUUUAUUAUUGUAUGUUGAAGUCAAGAAAGACGGCACAGCAAAUAUCAACUUCCAGACAUCGAAACGAUCAGCAUCGCAACCCGUAGGGGCAGUCUACGGGCGUUGUCUGUGGGUGGCAGGACUGUGUUAUGUUGUAGAAGAUUUUAGGAAAGUGCAGAUUCAGGACAUCGAUGUUGAAGUAAUUUUCGCAGUGAUCGGUCAUUUGAUGGGUGACCAAAAAUCUUCUACCUCGAGUUUUUCAUGCUUUGAAAGGCACGUUAAGCCGUUGGUCCCGGCUGCAUCUGCUGUCCUUAGAACCCGUCAAUCCGCAUUGGGGCCGUGUGGAGCUCGAGAUGAAAAUUUUAUGGUCCAUACCUUUGACCGCCAUUACGAAAUUAACUUCCAUAAUGUUUGACGACCUCAGUGGCCGAGCGGUUUGUACGCCGGGUUUCAUGGUGUCGCCGUCUCGAGAGGUCCCGGGUUCAAAUCCCGGUGGGGGCAGAUUCAAAAUGAUGUUUGGAAUCGGUGUCAUGCCAACACAAGUAACAAAUGGGAACUCAGAUCUGUCAGACAUGCAUGGCACCGACUCCGACCGAAUAUAA